UCACAUAGUUAUAUCCAUCAUGUCCGAGUGGUUACGCUUUCUGAAACGCGAUCAACAGCUGGAUGUGUACUUUUUUGCAGUGCCCCGCUUGAGUUUAGACAUAAUGGGCUAUUGGCCGGGCAAAACUGGUGAUACAUGGCCCUGGAGAUCCCUGAUUCACUUCGCAAUCCUGGCCAUUGGCGUGGCCACCGAACUGCAUGCUGGCAUGUGUUUUCUAGACCGACAGCAGAUUACCUUGGCACUGGAGACCCUCUGUCCAGCUGGCACAUCGGCGGUCACGCUGCUCAAGAUGUUCCUAAUGCUGCGCUUUCGUCAGGAUCUCUCCAUUAUGUGGAACCGCCUGAGGGGCCUGCUCUUCGAUCCCAACUGGGAGCGACCCGAGCAGCGGGACAUCCGGCUAAAGCACUCGGCCAUGGCGGCUCGCAUCAAUUUCUGGCCCCUGUCAGCCGGAUUCUUCACAUGCACCACCUACAACCUAAAGCCGAUACUGAUCGCAAUGAUAUUGUAUCUCCAGAAUCGUUACGAGGACUUCGUUUGGUUUACACCCUUCAAUAUGACUAUGCCCAAAGUUCUGCUAAACUAUCCAUUUUUUCCCCUGACCUACAUAUUUAUUGCCUAUACGGGCUAUGUGACCAUCUUUAUGUUCGGCGGCUGUGAUGGUUUUUAUUUCGAGUUCUGUGCCCACCUAUCAGCUCUUUUCGAAGUGCUCCAGGCGGAGAUAGAAUCAAUGUUUAGACCCUACACUGAUCACUUGGAACUGUCGCCAGUGCAGCUUUACAUUUUAGAGCAAAAGAUGCGAUCAGUAAUCAUUAGGCACAAUGCCAUCAUCGAUUUGACCAGAUUUUUUCGUGAUCGCUAUACCAUUAUUACCCUGGCCCAUUUUGUGUCCGCCGCCAUGGUGAUUGGAUUCAGCAUGGUUAAUCUCCUGACAUUGGGCAAUAAUGGUCUGGGCGCAAUGCUCUAUGUGGCCUACACGGUUGCCGCUUUGAGCCAACUGCUGGUUUAUUGCUAUGGCGGAACUCUGGUGGCCGAAAGUAGCACUGGUCUGUGCCGAGCCAUGUUCUCCUGUCCGUGGCAGCUUUUUAAGCCUAAACAACGUCGACUCGUUCAGCUUUUGAUUCUCAGAUCGCAGCGUCCUGUUUCCAUGGCAGUGCCAUUCUUUUCGCCAUCGUUGGCUACCUUUGCUGCGAUUCUUCAAACUUCGGGUUCCAUAAUUGCGCUGGUUAAGUCCUUUCAGUAAAUUGGUAAUAAAUAUAAAGUGCUAGUAUUUUCAAGUUAUGUUUCGGGCACUAUUUGUUAAAAACCACCUUAAUUUUAAGGACAUAGCACGGAUUCUUUUUGUUACUUUAUAACCAUAUUUCCUAUGCAAUAGAAACUUAGCAGGAGAUUAUCAAUCCUUUUUCGAGCCUACCAUAUCGGCCAUCUCCAAUAAUCAGGCGCUGACUGCACCACUUUCAUGUCCACUAUACCCACUUUCUAGCCACUUUCUAACUACUUUAUACCACACAUCACGCAACUAAAAAGGAGUUGCUCAGUUUGCUGGGUAAAGCGGACCCGGAAUGACAUCGCCGGAUGAGCGUAAGAGUUUCUGGGAGCGACAUGAGUUCAAAUUCUAUCGGUAUGGACAUGUGUACGCCCUGAUCUAUGGACAAGUGGUGAUCGAUUAUGUGCCCCAAAGGGCGCUGAAACGUGGCGUUAAGGUCCUCCUGAUUGCAUAUGGUCACCUAUUCAGCAUGCUUUUGAUUGUGGUAUUGCCCGGAUAUUUCUGCUACCACUUUCGCACCUUAACUGAUACCCUGGAUCGGCGUUUGCAAUUGCUAUUCUAUGUGAGUUUCACCAAUACGGCCAUUAAAUAUGCCACCGUAAUUGUGACCUAUGUUGCUAAUACCGUGCACUUUGAGGCCAUCAAUCAGAGGUGCACCAUGCAGAGGACGCAUCUGGAGUUCGAGUUCAAGAACGCUCCACAGGAGCCCAAACGACCAUUUGAGUUCUUCAUGUACUUCAAGUUCUGCCUGAUCAAUCUAAUGAUGAUGAUCCAGGUGUGUGGCAUAUUUGCACAGUACGGUGAAGUUGGUAAGGGUUCAGUUAGCCAGGUGCGAGUCCACUUUGCGAUCUACGCCUUUGUGCUGUGGAACUACACGGAGAACAUGGCGGACUACUGCUACUUUAUCAAUGGAUCGGUGCUCAAGUACUACAGGCAGUUCAAUCUUCAGUUGGGAUCGCUCAGGGAUGAGAUGGAUGGUCUGAGACCCGGUGGCAUGCUGCUCCAUCACUGCUGUGAGCUGAGCGAUCGCCUGGAGGAGCUGAGACGGCGGUGCCGGGAGAUCCACGAUCUGCAGCGCGAGAGCUUUCGGAUGCAUCAGUUCCAGCUGAUCGGACUCAUGCUGAGCACGCUCAUCAACAACUUGACCAACUUCUACACCCUGUUCCACAUGCUGGCCAAACAGUCGCUAGAGGAGGUCAGCUAUCCGGUGGUUGUGGGUUCGGUCUACGCCACUGGGUUCUACAUAGACACCUAUAUUGUGGCCUUGAUCAAUGAGCACAUCAAGCUGGAGCUGGAGGCGGUGGCUCUGACCAUGCGGAGAUUCGCAGAGCCACGGGAAAUGGAUGAGCGGCUGACCAGGGAGAUAGAACACCUUUCGCUGGAGCUGCUCAACUACCAACCGCCCAUGCUGUGUGGACUUUUGCACCUGGAUCGUCGAUUGGUGUACCUGAUUGCUGUCACCGCCUUUUCCUACUUCAUAACUCUGGUGCAGUUCGAUCUCUAUUUGCGCAAGAAGUCCUAGUUAGUGUUCAAUCACAAUAAUCACAACAAGCCG